AUGGCCAACUGCUGUCACAACAACGAGGAUACCAGGAAGCAGUCGGAGAUUCUGGUGCUUAUUACUGUUUGUGGCGAUGAAGAUGCCGUGCAGUUUGCCCCAUGGCGGAUGUUUGCGCCAGUCUACCUGAUCACCCUUCUGUAUGCCGGCUUUUCCUUUCCGGCAGCUGCUCUUCUCGCGGUGCUGCUGCCGAGUAUGGUUUUCGAGUUGUCCGUGACCUGGCGCACAGCUCUCGCCGUAAUCGUUGUUUCGGCUCUGAGCCUACGGGUCGCGAAAGAGCCGGGCGCCGCGAUGGCUGCCAAGUACUUUCGGGACAUGGCCAGAUCCAGGCUGGGCACGCUGGUGUACAGGUCGCCGCGGCGCGCUCAGCGCCCUUGGUCCAACUGA